ACGCAUAUAGAGAGAGCUAUGGCUAAUUAUGACCUAGAGAGCUAGCUAGCUAGCAUCUCAACAUGGCCCCAUUGUGGAUGAACAAUGUGGAUCAAAAGCUGAAACUCAUCAUGGCAAGCUUUCCAAGUUCAGCACUAACACUCCUCUUCGCUCUCUCCCUCCUCGCCCUCGCCGGCGUCGUAAUCGCCAUCCUAAUCCUCCUCGCCAGGCGAUCAAAGUCUUCGUCGUCGUCCUACGGCCGAAGCCGCAGUGGAGGCGGCAGCAGUACAGCCAGAGCAAUGCUGAUGGAGGCAGAGCAUGGAAGGGCGACCGACGACGAUGAUGAAAAUGAUGACGAUCUCGAGGUGGCCGCGGCGGGUGGAUCGAGUUGGGUGACGAUAAGGAAGGUGCUGAUGAGCUCGAUGCGGUGGAGCGAAGGCAGCAGGGUGGCGGAGGAGGAAAUCAUGAUGAUCAGCAGCAGCAGCGUGAGUAGUUGUAGUAGCAGUAGCCAGAGGAGCUGCAACUACAGGGUCGAUGACGAGGAGAUCAUUAGCAGAGUCGUCAUCAACUGCCCGGAAAGGACGACGAGGGGUGUUGCACCGGUGCCUGAAGAAUCGCCGGUACCGGAAAGGACGACGAGGGGUGUUGUACCGGCGGCGGCGGCAGUGUGGCAGAGGCCGAUACUGAUGGGGGAGAAAUGCGAGCUGCCCAAGUUCAGUGGGCUAAUUUUGUACGACGAGAGAGGGCGACCGUUGUAUGAUCAGUAUCAUCAUCACCAUUGUUCUCUCGACUCCUCGGAUCAUCAUCACCAUCAACAUCUUCAUCAGAAAGAAGGAGCUCCAACAAGGAGGACAACACUGAAGGACUUGAUGUAGUUAAAUUCUAAUACUGAGGAGAAAAAGGAACUUCUGAGUGACAUGCCACUUGAAGCUAAGGAGAAGAAGAAGGAAGGAGUGCCUUUUGAACUUCCACCAUUGCUAGAUUUCACCUUUCUUCUUUCAAGAAAACCAUUCAUAUUUCACUCAUAUACAUAUAUGGUUUAACUUACCUUCUUUCCCCCUUUUCCUUUCUAGAAUACUAUGGGUCUUGCACCAUGAAAACCAUGGUAACUCCUCUCACAUAAGCUUUCUAGUUCUUUGGUAGGUGUUGGUAGAUUCUCCUUCUUAUGGCUGAAUCACAAGUUCUCAUGGAUAGCAAUUAGAAGUGGCAAAUGGAUUGAUCCAUGGAUUGGUGGAUUGGAUUGGUGGAUCCAUGGAUUGGAUCAAGUGGAUUGGUGGAUUAUCCAUGAAUCCAAAUGACAUCCUCAACCAAGGACCAUUAUGUAAAUGUGAAAAAUUUAGGUACUAAAAUGUCAUAAUGAAAAUUUUAGGUACCAAAACGUAAUUUUUCAAUGAUAUUUUUCAUAUAAAAAAUCAAAUUUUAGGUAUCAAAAUGUAAAAUAUAAAAAAUAUAGGUAUCAAACCGUAAUUUGCCAUUUGGAUCCAUGGAUCAAUCCAUGAAUCCACCAAUCCAAUGGAUUUGAUUUAAAUGGAUUUGAUUAGGUGGAUAUUUUUAAUGGAUUGGUGGAUUGGAUUGGAUUGAGAAUAGCCACUUCUAAUAGCAAUACAUCAAAUUGUUUGGUUUGGUUUGGUUUCGAUUUUAACAGGAUUUUGAAGUUUUAUGUGUGGUUUGCUCUAUUUGUCUGCUUAUUCUCGAUAACAUGAGUGAUCUUUUAGGCCAAAACUAGUGAUUACUUAUCGAUACGUGUUUCGGAGCUACCUAACACCACUCACAUACCAUAUCGUCUCAAGUGUUUGGUGAAUUGUGUGGUCGAAAUCUAUACAUAUAUAUAGAUCUGGUUGGCCUUAAAUUUUGGUCCCUUUCCAUAUAAAUAUAUUCACCAACGGCUACUAAACCCGAACCAUUUAAUAUUCCACCGCCGGCCGGCCAAGUUCCGGUAUGGUGGUGUUGCUCUCAGUUAAUGCAAUAUGUCCCACUUGCUGUCCGAAUCAACUUGGGCCGAGCCCAUAACGGUGACGACUGAAGAUGUCACCCAAAUGGAAAACCUAUUGGGACAAAUGGAGAUCGAGUUUUGAAGGGGUUAAUUUGCCACUUCAUUUGCUUGAGAAGCUACAUUGAUGUUCCUCUAGUUAUAAUUUCAUUAUCGAAUCGAAAUUCAUUGUCACGCGCUAAAUUCAACUUCUCAUUCGUGGCUAAUGAAAUUGUAGCCUCGAAGUUCAAUGGUCGUCUAGACUCCUAAAUUCCUAAUCACAAAUAACAGAGUUUUGAAAGCAUAACGUCUCUAGGAGAAGUACGGUUUUCGAAAACCAGUGAUUUCCCCCCUACAAAAUGGUUAUUUUCUAAACUUAUUAUGCUCAAAAUAAAAAAAUAAAGAAAGUAAUUAAUAUCCAUACAUAGAUCUCAAGUGCAACAACUCGAGUUCUUGGUACCAUUUUAUUUAUGAUAAGCGUAACUCGCACACCUCGCCGACUCUAACCAUGUUAAUGUUGGGUUAACUUUUGCCGUCUAUCAAACUGGUUGGUGGCGCAAGAAAUGGAGUGGAGACUGGAGAGUACGAAUUUGCGUUUUCGUAGGUUGCUGGUCGAGAUCGUAUUUGCAAGGGUUUUUAAUAAUUGUCCUGUAUUGUUAAUCGCAUUAUUAUAAGGACCAUAGAGAGACGAAAACAAUUAUAGGUGAUGGGACAUAUUCAAUUGAAAUUGUCAUACACUAAAAUAAGUGAAUCCAUAGAAUCAAAAAGUGAUCAAAAU